AUGCCGAGCGCCCUCGACGAACUCUCCAAUCCCACAUCUCCCGAAGCACAAGUGAACGCGCUACGGAAUCUCAGGAACGAAGUGGUCGGUCACGACCAGCGCAAGCAACUCGCCAUCAUACACGGCAUCGUCAAGCCCCUCGCCACCGUUCUACGUACAGAAGCCAGAAAGGGAGGAAAGAAGAGGAGAGGCAAUACGCUGAAUGGGAAUUCUAGUAAUGCGCCGAGCUUGUCCACAGCGCAUGGGGGUCUUUCGGCAUCAGGUGCAAGGAACAGCAGUAACAAUAACCAGGAAUGGACGACAGAGGACGAGCUGAGGUUUCAGGCUACACAAGUGGUUGGGAGCUUGGUCAAUGGUGGCCCCGCGUUCGUUGCGCCACUGUUUGCUGGGAGGAUCCUACAUCCAUUGUUAGCAUCGCUGUCUCCGAGUGAAUCACCGCCGAAGCUCGUACUAGCUACCCUACGAACGCUCAACCAGAUCGCCGACUCGAUUCUACUUGAGAAGCCAUGGCAGAUCUCAACGACGGAACAACUCGCGGGCCCCUCGAUGUCGAGUGCAUUCUGCCACGAGCUGUCUACAAGGGAGGUCGUCGACAGCCUCGCCGAGAUACUGGUGCAGCCGGCAAAAUCAUACGUCACGCAACAACAGAUAUCGCUUGUCACAAAGCUCAUAGUGAAGACUUGCACCGCGGAGGCUGAAAGGAAGGUUCUCCUUGAUGCAGGAAUACUUGAUAUACUGGCCAUGAAGCUUGCCGCCAUGGCUGAGGUAGAUGCCCAGGUCCUACAAACGGACACGCGACCACCAUCGCGUGAUGAACUUCCCAUCGUCUAUCUUCCCGAUAUCUUAGAAGCUAUAUCUACCAUCAUCAAAGAUUCACAUUAUCGAACUGCUCGGCUUCUCUACUCCCAAUCGAUACAGCAAUUGUUCGGGACAAGUAAAGAAAAGUCAGUGUCAGAAGGGGGACAAGCGUCAAACCAUGCCAGCACCGCCUGGGAACGACUGACACCUCGACUACAAACCGUACAAAGCAACAAAUCAGAUGCAUAUACGAAGUCAUGGCCGGCUCUAGGUACUGCACACUUUGCAGCCGGCAGCGACAGCUACCCACGGCUAUCGAGCAUGGACACAUUGCAGCCAUCGGGUCGGACAGUCAUCAUAGACGAGUCCGAGAACUCGUUCAUGAUUUGGCUGAUGUUUGUGGCCCGCCGCGGCGAAGAGAGGACACGACUGUCGGCUUGCUGGCUCCUGGCUUGGCUAAAGAAAUUUGGAGAGAAGUGGCCCUUGAAUGAUCCUUCGAAAACGACUCGAGAGCGCCACUUUUCAUGCUUGAUCUUACCGCUUGUUAUGAAAAUGAUCGAAGAAUCAAGUCCUGAAUCUGAGCAGUCGAAAGCUCUCAAUAAUGCCAAUCCUCAGGCUGUAGAGGAACAUAGGUUUGUGCUUGAGCGAGCGCCCCUUGUGCUCGCGGAAAUUGUAGGCGGCAACAAGGCGUUGCAAAACGUUGUGACGGAGACGAAAUUCUUAACACUGCUGGUGAAGAUCCUGAAGAGGUCGUUCGAUCCUGUGACUACGUCUACCAAGCCUUUAUGGUCGUCGGACCCGGGGUCUAUCCACACCCGUGAUCCAUCGAUAGAUGCCCCUUCGUCGGCAUUAGGUGUAUCGGGAUUUGCCCCGGAUGUCCUUCAUGCAUUCAAGUAUCGAGAGAGCGCCCUACUUGCCCUAGCUGCUAUAACCGAUACCCAAGAUUCCUUGAGGAAGGAGAUCAUCCAGCUUGGAGCGGUGACACACAUCAUAGAUUCGCUUGUGCCGUAUGCGGAACCCGUCAGCGACCCUUCGUCUUCUUCAUCAGGAAAUUCGGGAAAUAUUUCGAACACGAAAUGUGGCAACCCCCCGGCUGUGCUGAUAGCUGCUUGCAAACUCACUCGUUCUUUGUCACGGUCAAUUGGUGUCAUGAGGACCAGCCUAAUCGACCAUGGCAUCGCCCAGCCUUCAUUCGAGUUAUUGAGGCACCCAGAUGUUCAAGUACAGAUCGCGGCCACGGAGGUCAUUACCAAUCUAGUGUUGGAAGUGUCUCCAAUGAGAAAUCAUAUACUCGAGGCAGGGGCAAUAAAGUCACUCUGUGAGCAUUGUCGUUCAGCUAACUUUGACCUUCGAUAUGGAAGUCUUUGGGCUUUAAAGCAUCUAUGCCUUGGCCUGCCAUAUACAGAGAAAUUGAAAUGCCUGGAUGAACUAGGCGUUGGCUGGCUCGCGCAGACACUCAACGGCGAACCAUCCAGAGGCAGCAUCUCGACACCACUCGGCAUGGGAACACCAAAUGCGGCAGGCGAGCAAGUCGAUAUACUCAACGCCAUUGAUAAUUCGCACAUGGACGUUGAUGAUGAGGCAAUAUCAGACGAAGACGAUGGCUCCUCGACGACGGACAGUGCCCCAUCUGUGCGCCAGCAGCAUCGACGCAACUUAUCAUACACCAGUGCAGCGAACAUCCGAGACCGCUUACAGCAGAUCAAGACUGAAGAAUUGGACCCCCGGCUCAUCAAUGAGCGAGACGAGAUCCGCAUUCAAGAGCAAGCUCUCGACUUCAUCCGUAACUUCAUCAGCGACGAAAAGGACAGCGGUGUUACCAUCGACCAUUGCUUGAAGUCGUUCGGCCAUAGUAGAUUCUUCGAACUUCUCGACGCGAAGAUACGUGCCAAAGGGACACCAACCUCCACUACAUCUCAUCCCAUGCAAUCAUCAACCCCAUCCUACUGGCACAACACAUCCACCACCCAGCAGCAGCAACAGCAGCACCGCAGCGGCUUCACCACCUCCACCACUGCACCCCCCCAACCCCAAAACUGGGCCCUCUUCCCGCCCACCGAACUCAUAAUCGGCACCCUCUACAUCCUCGUGCACCUCGCCAACGGCCCGCCCCGCCACCGCUCCCAGCUCAUCUCCCAAACCGCCCUCAUGCAGCACGUCCUGCCCCUCUUCACGCACCCGAGCCGCGACGUCCGCCUCCCCUGCGCCUGGUUCCUCAACAACCUCCUCUGGGUCGAAAACAUCACCGACGAGGCCGCGACCCGCGACCGCGCCCAGUCCCUCCAAGCCCUCGGCUUCGAAGAAGGUGCCCGCAGCCUCGGACGGGACACCGACCUCGACGUGCGCGAGCGCGCGAAGACCGCCAUCGAACAGAUGAACAAACUCCUCGGCAUAUCCGUCAGCGGUGGGAUUAGCGAGCGCUCCACGGCUGUCCCAGGAUACCACACCACCACCGGCCCUGGCGGCGGUCCCUUCGGCGGAGGCAGCGGCAGCGGAGGCGCUGGUGCUGGUGCCGGCGACAGUAGCAGCGGGUUAGGCAGAGUGGGAAGCGGAUUCGGAGGCUUGCAUUCGCAUCAGCAGCAGCGAUGGAGUCGAGAGUAG